AUGAUCGACCACUCCCUUCUGCACCCCACCAUGACAGACGUCGAUAUUCUUCAAGGCCUCGCCAUCGCGAAAAAGUACGACGUCGCCACAGCCUGCGUCAAACCAUAUGCUAUUUCCAUGGCUAAGCAGGAACUUCAGGACAGUAAUGUCAUGGUCUGUCCCGUCAUUGGCUUUCCGCAUGGGAACAGCAGCACUGCCGUCAAGCUUUUCGAAGCUGAAUCGGUUACUUUUCAAGGCGCUAAUGAGGUCGACAUGGUCGUCAAUAUUGGCAAAGUACUCGGCGGUGGCUGGGAAUAUGUUGCUGAAGAGAUUCACCAAGUCAACAAUGCCGUUGUCAAAGGCGGGGCUAUUCUGAAAGUCAUUUUUGAAAACGACUACUUCAAUGAGGAACACAUUGGGUACCUUUGCAAGAUCUGCACGGACAUUGGAGUGGCUUUUGUCAAAACAUCAACCGGUUAUGGGUUCGUCAAGCAGGCCAACGGCAUGUAUAAUUACAAGGGUUCCACUAUUCCUCAUCUGAAGCUUAUGGUAGGGAAAUCUGGCAAGGAUGUCCAGGUUAAAGCUUCUAGAGGCGUUCGCACCCUCGACGAUUUGCUACAUGUCAUGUCGCUAGGCGUUACACGGAUCGGUGCUACAGCUACAGUUGCGAUUAUGGAGGAAGCGGUUAAGAGAGGCAUCACGGACCAGCCUAGUAAGUUUACGUUCAAGCCCAUGGCCGACAGCUCAGUCGGAGGAUACUGA